CCCGACGAUUCUAGGGGGCAGGGCGGGGCAGCGUUUCUGUAUCUGGCCAUUGGCUGUGGGAGCCAUGAUCCUACACCAGGCUUCUGCCCAUUCCCGCCCCCCUCCCCACCCUUAUCUCCACUCGCCAGCCCCGGGGCUCUCCUGUACCAGCGCUGACUGAGCCCAGACUCCCUGCUGUUCUAGCCCCCGGCUGCUCCGCCAUCUUCGCCCCCCUCUCGGGUCUGUAAACGCAGCAGAGAUGCCGCUGGAAGGGGAGCCCAGCAGCCUGGCUAAAGUCGCUCAGCUCUUCAUCCUGUCUCUGGCCUGGGGGAUGCAGAUAUGGGUCACCUUCAUCUCAGGGUUUGUGCUGAUCCGGAGCGUGAGCCGACACACCUUUGGCCUCGUCCAGAGCAAGCUUUUCCCCUUCUACUUCUACACCCUGGUGGCCUGCGCCUUCCUCAACCUCUCCAUCUUCGCCUACUACCACCCCCGAGAGCUGCUGAGCACUGGGGAGACCCUGCAGGGCUUGCUCUACUUUGUCUGCCUCCUCCUGGCCAGCGUUAAUGCCCUGGGCUUGUCCCCGGCCACCACGGCGGCCAUGUUCCAGUUGCAGGCCAUCGAGCGGGAGCAUGGCCUGGGUGGGGAGGUGGGGCUGGCGGCCCGGCGCGAGACGUACCAGCAGCUGCGGGAGAGGGACCCCAAGUACCAGGCUGCACGGCAGAGGUUCUUCAAACGCCAUGGGCUGUCAUCCCUCUGCAACCUCGUCUGCCUCGCCUGCAACGGAGUCAGCCUGCUGUGCAUGGCGCUGCACCUCAGCAGCCUGUAGGCAGGGGCCCUGCCCGCGGGGAGGGGGCGGUGGCAUUGUUCUCGGGGGCGGGGAGCCACCCACUAGGUGGGACUUGAUUGAGUGAGGGGCUUGGAAAUCCAUGCCCCACUGGGGUCUGAUUGGUGUCGCUUUCUAAGCCUGUAUCCCACGUUUGGCACCAGCUGGAAGUUCAUGUGUUGGGCAGGGUGGGGGAUGCAACCGACCUGGUGACUCAGCAGUGCUUUUCCCUGGGUUCUCUCCCCUGCUCUGGGAGGGGAGCGGGGUCUAGUGGCUAAAGCGGGUGGGGGUGGGGGAG